GUCCGUCAGAGUGAAGGAAUCAUGGCAAGUAUGGCAGUUCAACUCCUCGGCUUCUUCUUGGGCCUGUUGGGGUUUGGAGGAACUGUAGUUGCGACUGUGCUCCCACAGUGGCGCAGCAAUGCCUAUGUGGGCUCCAACAUCAUCACUGCUACCGGCUACAUGAAAGGCCUGUGGAUGGAGUGUGUAUGGCACAGCACUGGCAUUUAUCAGUGUGAGGUGUACAGAUCUCUGCUGUCACUGCCACAAGACCUGCAGGCUGCCCGGGCCCUCAUGGUGCUCUCCUGCGUCACCUCAGUCCUGGCUUCUUUGGUGUCUGCAAUGGGGAUGAAGUGCACUCGCUUUGCCCGUGGCUCAUCACUUAAGUCUCCAUUGGUGCUUAGUGGGGGGAUUUGUUUUCUCUGUGCUGGCCUGCUCUGCCUGGUCACUGUGUCCUGGACCACAAACGACGUCGUCAUGGAGUUCUACAACCCCUUCCUUUCCAACGGGAUGAAGUACGAGAUCGGCCUGGCCGUGUAUCUCGGAUAUGCCUCAGCCUGCCUCAGUCUGAGCGGAGGACUGGUACUGUGCUGGAGCAGCUGUGGUAACAGAUCACGGGGCCCCCUCCCAAUGCAGAUUAAUCAACCAUCAUCGCCUCCCCCUGCCUUCAACAACAUUUAUCCUCCUCUUCCUCCACCCUACAAGCGCCCUGAAGCCCUUAGGGACAAUCGGGCUCCUUCACUCUGCUCUCUUUCCAGCAACGGCUACCGGCUCAAUAACUACGUCUAAAACUGGACGAAACAAUAGCACAGUAACUUAAAAGCCACAAAGGCUGUAAGAAAAAAGACUUAAAGAUAAAAACUGCCACUUAUUUUUGAUAUUUUUUCAGCUUUAUAUCUGUAAUUGUCUUUAUUUUUAUAGGUUUUUACCUGUAAACAUCUGUAUUUGUCUUAACCGCAUGGUACAUAACCAUGUUUGAUCAAACUCUUGACGCCAACUUUGAAAAGGCAUCCUAAUUUGACCACCAUAAACGUGGUGCUGUGAACCUGAUAGACCAGAAGAUGGCAACAUUUGACUGCAAAAGCUACAGAAGGGACAACAUCAGAGUCCAUUCUCUUUGCUGUAACAAACAUGUUAAUGGAUAACAAUUGUUCUGCCAUGUCCUUGUUGUAACCUACCUUGGUGUUGAGAUUUACUUUUUAUGAAAGCCAAUUCUUAGGUCACAGUUUUGAAGGACAUUGUUCUUUAUUAUCUCAACAUUCAAUAUGU